CAUGUGUUUGAUCGAGACUUGCAUUUGGUUCGUCGAAAUAAAGUGGUGUGAUUAACAUCAGGUCCCCGGCAGUGAUGCAUGUCGUCAAUGCAUCAUAGAUGCGGUUAAUUGUGAUCACUGUUUCUUCUACUUUUAAAAUAAUAUGACAAACAAAAUUUUUCCCUUAUGGAGUCGUCGGUAAAGUGAUAAAUCGGUAUCUUUAAGUUUCAUUCAAAAAAAUCCCUUUUCUGAUUUGUGUCUAAUUUUUAAGGUUAUAGUGUUUUUUUCUGUGAGUGAAAAAAAAAUAAUAUUUAUAUAUUAUGGACGAAGUUAGAAUACGUCCGACAGUUUCAAAUCAGCAUCUAAUGAUUAACUCAGAACAGGAAAUCUCCUCAUCGUCGAGGGAAAUAAAAAAUUCGACAAAUACAACUGAGGGUAGAACAAUUACUGCUUCGGAAUGGAUUACCGUUCUUGUAUUAUGCUUCGUCAAUUUAAUCAAUUACAUGGACAGACUUACUAUUGCUGGAAUCCUGGAUGAUGUGAAAAAAGAGUUUGACAUUGGUUAUGGGAAAGCGGGUCUCUUGCAGACUGCCUUUAUUAUAAGUUACAUGUUUUGUGCACCUGUAUUCGGAUACUUGGGUGAUCGAUAUAAUCGAAAAAUCAUCAUGGGUCUGGGUGUAUUUCUUUGGUGCCUGACGACAUUUAUAGGUUCCUAUAUGAAGACCUACGGAUGGUUUCUCGUAUUUAGAACUAUGGUUGGAGUUGGCGAAGCGAGUUAUUCGACUAUUGCUCCAACUAUAAUUAGUGACUUAUUUAUAAAAGAUGUUCGCUCAAAAAUGCUCGCUCUUUUCUAUUUUGCCAUUCCAGUCGGAAGUGGUUUAGGGUACAUUAUCGGGGGAGAAACUGCAAAAGCGACAGGUUCCUGGCAAUGGGGUUUACGAAUAACUCCCAUCUUGGGAAUUGUAGCGAUCAUUCUGAUUCUACUUUUGGUACGAGAUCCAAUCAGAGGCGAAAAAGAGGGAGGCACAAAUAUUGUCAAUACUUCCUGGCUUGAUGAUAUGAAAUCUCUAGUGAAGAAUCAUAGUUUUAUGUUGUCCACUGCUGGCUUCACUUGCGUCUCAUUCGUAACUGGUGCAUUAGCCUGGUGGGGGCCCACUUUUCUUAAAUUAGGAUUAAAAUUGCAAUUAAACGAUGACAAUGUCGAUGAAAAUGAUGUCGCAUAUAAAUUUGGACUGACGGCAAUGAUCGCUGGAUUGAUCGGCGUACCAUUAGGAUCAAUGCUGGCGCAAAAAUUGCGUGUUUAUUAUACACAAACAGAUCCAUUGAUUUGUGCAUUUGGACUUCUUAUCAGUACGCCGCUAGUAUUUUUUGGCAUUGUUAUGGCCGGUAUAAAUUCUACAGUUUGCUAUAUAUUAAUAUUCUUCGGACAAGUUGCCAUUAAUAUCAAUUGGUCCAUUGUGGCCGAUAUGCUUCUGUAUGUCGUGAUUCCUACAAGAAGAUCAUCAGCAGAGGCUCUGCAAAUUCUCAUAGCACAUGCCCUGGGCGAUGCGGGCAGUCCCUACCUCAUUGGAAUAAUAUCGGAAGUAAUGAAGUCAAAUAUGAUGCCAAAUGGAGUUUCCGACUUCAGUGUGAAUAACAGUGAUUUAAUUGAGUACAGAAGUCUUCAGUAUUCUCUCUUCUUGACAAUUUUCGUCGAAGUCAUUGGGAGUCUCUUCUUUUUCCUUACAGCUUUGUACAUCCAAAAGGACAAGGCAGUCGUUGAUCUCACCAUUGCUGACCAAUAUCUUGAAACUAAGCAUAAUGGAAAAGCGGAAUCAACGCGUUUGUAAGAUCAUCAGUUUUGGACUCAACCGUAAAAUCUGAUGAAAGUGACUCAGAAACGUCAUUUAUCCUCGAGGAGGAGGGUGAAAAUCGAGCUCAAAAUCCUCUGGUCGAACCCGAUUGAUUAUGAUUAGCAAAACUUAGAUUAGUAUCGAAAUGACUUUACCAACUUGAUUUCUAAUUUUAUUUUACACUCUCACUUAUGCAAACUCUCAAAGGCCAUUUAGUAAACAGUUUUGGAUUUUUUUUCCUAUUUCGUAAAAAAAAAUUAAAUCUUUUCUUUUCAUACAAAUUUUUUUUCAUAGUAAAAUUCCUCGCAAAUGUUUUCUUAAAAUUAUGAAAAGAAAUUAAAAUUUUUCUCGUAGAUAAAAAAAAAUCCUAAUUAGUGGCUGUGAAUAUUUGGCUUUAUAAAAUAACGACACCAGUUUACUUAUUAUAUAUUAUUGAGAAAAAAAGCAAAUUUAUAAUUAUAAAUGGGAAAAUUUAGAUACAAAAAUCUACUUAUUCAGAAAUUUGAUAAUAAUUUAUUCGUCAUUUAUUUCAUUAGUAACGAAAAUAGUUUUUAUUUAAUUUUUGCAAAUGUUUCGAUGUGUGGUCAAUUGAAUUGAAUGAGUGGCGAAUUUAUUUUUCGUCAAAUUUCAAUUCGUAAUGUAAUUAAUUGAAUUAGUGAAUCGAAGGAGAAUAUAUGAUUAUUUUCCUUUUUAUACUCAGAAAAGAAAAAAGAAAGAAAUUAUUAUUAAAAAAAAAAUUCAAAUAUUCAUUAAAAUA